AUGGAGUUUACUGUGAAAGGACCGGACUUCCCUGCGCCCGGGACUGUCCACAGGGAUCAGCCCGUGGAUCGAGCUGCUCCACGGGGAAAGAACGACCCAGUCCCCGCUCUGUCACCUCCGCUACACGUCCACACAGUCUUCAAACAGAAGGACCCGUGCAGCUCUCCGUCCCGUAAGGAGCAGAAGCGAGCUCAGUACCGACAGGUGAAGGCGCACAUGCAGAAGGAGGACGGCAGAGUCACGGCUCACGGCUGGAGCCUCCCGGGGAAGUGCAAGAUUAACGGCACUCAGACGGAGAGUAAGAUGAACCUGCCGGUGCCGGUGUACCUGCGGCCCCUGGAGCACAAGGACAACUCCAUGAAGUUGUGGUGUGCAGCCGGGGUGAACAUGUCCGGGGGCCGGCCGGAGCUCCACAGGCUGAAGAAGGGCUCCCAGUGCAGCCUGGACCAGCUGGACCACGAGACCAAGGAUCCAGAGAAAGGGGAGGGAGAGCGGGACGUGGUGGCCCAGGAUGAGACCUCCAGCCGGGUCUGGGUCUGCACCAGCACCCACUCCUCCACCAAAGUCACCGUGUUGGACGCCACGCAACCAGCAGACAUCCUGGACACUUUCUACGCCUGCAACACACACAUCCUCUGCAUCGCCAGUGUGCCCGGAGUGUUGGAGACAGACUUCCCGGCUGCAGAGGAGGUUCCUCAGGACGUGGACGGGUCUCAGGCCGGGGACAGGGUGUCGUUGGCGGGCAGCGUGGCCAGUGUGGGCUCCACGGGCAGCGAUGGUGCUCUGGCUGCAGAGGGGACCACAGCUGUACCACAAACCGCAGGGUCCCGAGCCAGCGAGCCCCCCACGGAGCACAGCGGCAUCUCUGCACCCGUGGAGCUGUCCAGAGAGACCAGUCCAAGCGAAGACGCAGCAGAGGAGGCCACGGAGGCAACAGAGGCCAACGCUGGUGUGGGGGAGGAGGGGGAGGAGGAGGGAGCAGAGGGGGAGACGGGGGAGGAGCAGAGUCAGCCCGGGAUCUACACAGAGCAUGUGUUCACAGACCCACUGGGGAUGGAGCCUGACCAGACCCCCAAAGGACCAGCACAGAGCAGCAGCUGCAGCAGCGCUGAGGUCACGUCUUUACCAGAGCCGACGGAGACACCAGAGGGAGAGGUGCUGAGGAUGAGCAGCGCCCUGCCUACCAUGUGGCUGGGGGCGCAGAACGGAUGUCUGUACGUUCACUCGUCGGUGAUGCGGUGGAAGAAGUGCCUUCACGCCAUCCGUCUGAAGGACUCCAUUCUGGGCAUAGUCCACGUCAAAGGGCGGGUGCUGGUGGCUCUGGCCGACGGGACCUUGGCCAUCUUCCACAGAAACAUCGCUGACGGUCAGUGGGAUCUGACCAACUACCAUCUGCUGGACCUGGGCCGACCGCACCACUCCAUCCGCUGCAUCAGUGUGGUCCACGAGCUGGUGUGGUGCGGCUACAGGAACAAGAUCUACGUCAUCCAGCCCCGGGCCAUGAGGAUAGAGGUACUGACCCAGCCCCGGGCCAUGAGGAUAGAGGUACUGACCCAGUCCAAGGCCAUGAGGAUAGAGGUACUGACCCAGUCCAAGGCCAUGAGGAUAGAGGUACUGACCCAGUCCAAGGCCAUGAGGAUAGAGGUACUGACCCAGUCCAAGGCCAUGAGGAUAGAGGUACUGACCCAGUCCAAGGCCAUGAGGAUAGAGGUACUGACCCAGUCCAAGGCCAUGAGGAUAGAGGUACUGACCCAGUCCAAGGCCAUGAGGAUAGAGGUACUGACCCAGUCCAAGGCCAUGAGGAUAGAGGUACUGACCCAGUCCAAGGCCAUGAGGAUAGAGGUACUGACCCAGCCCCGGGCCAUGAGGAUAGAGGUACUGACCCAGUCCAAGGCCAUGAGGAUAGAGGUACUGACCCAGUCCAAGGCCAUGAGGAUAGAGGUACUGACCCAGUCCAAGGCCAUGGGAUAG